GUACAGGGACUUCAGUGGAAAGUCAAAAAACUGGCUCUGAAAUAUCAUCCUGACAAGAAUCUGGACAAUCCAGAGGCUGCAGAAAAAUUUAAAGAGAUCAACAAUGCUCAUGCAACACUGACUGAUCUGUCCAAGCGAAACAUAUAUGACAAGUAUGGAUCAUUAGGGCUCUACGUGGCAGAACAGUUUGGUGAGGAAAAUGUUAACACCUACUUCAUGCUCUCAAGCUGGUGGGCAAAGGGCCUGUUGGCGGUCUGUGGCCUGCUGACAGGCUGCUACCUCUGCUGCUGCCUCUGCUGCUGCUUCAACUGCUGCUGCGGAAAGUGUAAACCCAAAGCACCAGAAGGGGAACAGCAGGAGUUCUGUGUGUCUCCAGAAGAUUUGGAAGAGCAAAUUAAGAACGACAUGGAAAGAGAUGGAGAAACUCCUAUCGUGCUUCAGCCGACUAAUGCAAAUGAGAAGACACAGCUAAUAGGGGACGGCCGCCGGAGCUAUCGCACAGACUCCUAG